UAAGCGUCGCGAGUCAGAUAUGGCGGAAUGGAAACACACCACGGCGGCUCCGUCUUCAGCGAGCAUGACCUCGCUGGGUCGAGCGCUUUCCCGCAGCAGGUUAAGUCAGCCAGAAGGGGUUCAGUCGCAGAAGAGCCGGAGCGCCGCGGGACAGACUCGCAGGAGGUACUCCAGCAGUUCAGAGUCACCUGAUAUCAGCCCAAAUGUCGAGGCGCGGGUCCUGGUCAUAAACACCGGCGGAACCAUUGGAAUGACGUAUCAUAAUAACGUUCUGUCUCCAGAACCUAAUACUCUCGUUGAAACUCUACGCAAACUCCCCAUUCUGCAUGAUGAGCAGUACGCACAACAGACCAGACUGUAUGAAUACUACAAGCCUCCGGAGAACACGCUGGUGCUGCCGAAGUCCGCUCAUUCAGCUGAUCCUCUAAUUCAUGGACUGUCCAAACAGAACAAGAGGAUUGUAUAUUCAGUUUUAGAGUAUUCUCCCCUUCUCGACUCCUGCAAUAUGACCACAGAUGACUGGGCCACUAUUGGAAAAGACAUUGAGAAACACUAUGAGCAAUAUGAUGGUUUUGUCGUCCUGCAUGGCACAGACACAAUGGCUUACACUGCCUCUGCCUUAUCCUUCAUGUGUGAGAACCUGGGAAAGCCUGUCAUCCUCACUGGCUCACAGGUGCCCAUCUAUGAGAUGAGGAAUGAUGGGAGGGACAACCUCUUGGGGGCACUGUUGAUAGCAGGACAGUUUGUCAUCCCAGAGGUUUGCCUCUAUUUUCAUCAUAAGCUGUACAGGGGCAACCGUGUCACCAAAGUGGAUGCUGGAAGUUUUAACGCAUUUACUUCACCGAAUCUGCCGCCAUUAGCCAAUGCUGAAGUCGACAUUAAAAUUAACUGGGAUACUGUGUGGCGAGCCAAUACAACCUCCAAAUUCACUGUCAACACACAAAUGAACCGUAAUGUGGGUCUCCUGCGACUCUUCCCAGGAAUCACUGCUGAUACAGUGAGGGCAUUCUUGCAGCCUCCUAUGGACGGGAUCGUACUGGAGACCUACGGCAGCGGUAACGCUCCUGACAACCGUGCUGACCUGCUAGAUGAGAUCCGUAAAGCGACCCAGAGAGGAGUCAUCAUAAUCAACUGCACCCAGUGCCUCAGGGGCUCGGUCACAACCUCAUACGCCACUGGCCAGGCUCUGAGUGAUGCCGGUUUGGUCGCUGGGUGUGAUAUGACGCCGGAAGCUGCUCUUUCAAAACUUUCUUAUGUGCUGGCAAAACAAAACCUCAGUAUAGAAGAGAAGAAAAAGAUGCUGAGUCGCAAUCUGCGUGGUGAGAUGAUAGCUGACCUGGGCGGAGCAAAGCUUUCUCUCAGUGACAGUCGAUUUGUUCAGGUCAUCGCCAAGACCCUCAGCAUUAGCUGUAAAGAGGAGCUUGAGGCCAUACGAGAUGCGCUAACGCCCACUCUGGUGUGUGUUGCUUCUAAGAUUGGAGACAUUGAGGCUUUAGAUGCCAUAAGGGAAAUGGGAACUGACUUGAGCAUGGCAGAUUAUGAUGGCCGCACUCCCCUCCACAUCGCCGCGUGUGAGGGCCAUCUGAAAGUGGUGGAGUAUCUGCUGGGUAAAGGGGCCACCGUCUAUGCCAGGGAUCGCUUUGGUGAUACACCUCUUCGCAAUGCUGUUCGCUUCAGGCAUAAGGAGGUUGUGAAACUGCUGAGGAAGACUGGAGCUCAUUUUUCCCGGGAGGAAAUGGAGGAUGCUGGAACAGAGUUGUGCAGUCUUGCGGCGAGUGGCAACUUAGAAGCAUUGGAGAUUUGGCAGUUAGCUGGGGUUGAUAUGACCAUGUGCAGUUAUGAUGGACAGACGCCCAUUGAAGUGGCAAGAGCCACUGGAUGUGAGGAGGUUGUUGAGUUCUUAAAGCAGGCUACUCUGUACCAAACAAAGCAUCAGACAGAUGAGGGAAAUGAGCCAGUAUUUGAGGAGGAUGCGGAGGAGAAUGGCGAGUAUAUCGAGUUUACCGCUUGUCCAAGAUCCUGAGGAGGCCGUCCUGCUAGCUGUCACUUUUUUUUUUGCCAUUAUCAUCCAUCCAGUUUUUACCUGACCUAUUGCAGAUUUUCCUUACUUGGACCAACAUCCUCUUAAAACAUAAAACGCACAAGCCAUAGCUUUUAAGCCUGUCCCUCUAACACAGUAAGCAAUCAGUUAUGAAUGUAUCGUGAUAAUGAACAAUCAUACACACUAUAUAUAUAUAUAUAUAAAUAUGAUAUAUUUAUCGUUUAGAUUCAGAAUGAAUUUAGAUAUGUGAAGCUGUCAGGACUAAUGGCUGUUGUCUUCAUUCAGUGUCCUUAAUGUGUUCACAUGUAUCAGAUUCAGUAUCACCUCAGUGCUGUCACCUAAACCUGAAUGUAUUUUUAAAAAGCAAAUACAAUUGAAACCGCAGUGAGGAGGAAGGAUACAUAAUGUAAUAUACAGAGACGCAAACCCAAAAAAAGUUUGAUGGUUCAAAAGUUGUACAUGUUAAACUAAAACAACCAGUUGCCCUACUGAGUAACUGUCAAAAACAAUGUUUAUAAUCCAAAAGGUAGUGGAACAUCAGUGCUUUCUUGUUCUUUAUUUUUGUUCGUCUGUAAUUCAGUGUUUCGUAUUCAUACGUAUUCAUGGUUGAAUUUUAGUUCACCUCAGAAAAGGUUUCAAUCAAAUUGUUUUAUUGUUACGUUUUUAAUUGUUGUAGCAAUAGAAAUAUGAAAGCAUAUGUUUAUGCUGUUGAAACAUGCAAAUCAACACAUGCCUGUCAUUGUGACAUUAAAAUUGUGACAUGUUUUGUUGCAAAAAUGUAAAGUACUUUUUUCAUGUGCAAAGAAAAAAUGACUA